AAGCCACAUUUAAAAUAAAUACGAUAUUUUUUAUUCAUUUCUUUUCGAUUUUUCACAAUUCAAAUUAAACAAACCCAGAUCAGCUGUUCGUGCCACUCACAUGUCGGAGUAACAUUAGCUAAAUGCUAAUGCGCCAAUGGAAUCAGGCACAUUUAAAAAGUCCACUAAUGCGGUAAUGGAAUCAGGCUAUUAAUUUCUUUAAAUAUACCACACUGCUUCUGGUGGAAAUAGGCUAUAAUUGUGAAAGCGAUAUUGGAAACGCAUUAGUAAAAUUAAUCGAUAAGAGUUAUUGAAACGUUCAAGAAAUCGAAUUGUAUGACUUCCAUCAUUUUGGAUUUAUCCAGAGAGCUUAAAUGGUCGUAAGAUUUUCCAGUCGAUUUUAGAGUGUUAUUAAGAUUUGGAGCUAAAAGGAGUGCGAAAUGAGUACCAAAUCUGAUACCACUUUCUUUCAUCUCAUGGAGAAAGGAAAGUUCUCUGAUUGCCGUUUCAAAGUGGGAUCGGAAACAUUUGAUUGCCACAAGAUCAUCUUGGCUAGUGUAUCGGACUAUUUUGAUCGCUUGUUCCUUGAGGAAUCUACAAAGGUGACCUCCAAAAUUUAUUCGCUGGUUGACGUUAAGCCAGACACCUUUAAGAAUUUUCUUAAGUACGCAUAUACCCGAAACGAAAAAGAUAUUUGCAACUAUUCAAAUGCCAUGAUUAUGGAGCUCUUCGAGUGCGGAUCCAAAUGGUUAGUAAAAUCAAUGACCAACAUCUGCUCUAAGCACCUUAAAAUCCAUUGUGAUUCUAUGCCGUUUGGCGAUAUGCUUAAAAUGUUUGAGUUUUCGCAUAGAAUGGAUAAUUUGGAACUGAUCAAUGCUUCUAAAGAAGUCAUGACAAAACGCUUUGCUAAGUCAUUGAAUUGCUUCGAGGCACUCCAUUUGACCCCAAAAGUCUUUGAGAAGUACGUUCUUGCUACCUCCGAGGUCCUACCAGAAGUCGAACGGUUCAAAAUGAUCCAGGCCUAUCUUGACGUGAACGGCUUAAAAUUUGAUAAAUCAAAUCAGAGUUCGCUGAAGGAAAGCAAAGAUAAAAACAACGAAACGAACGACACAGAGAACGAGGAUUAUGAUCUUUUCGUACUACCAGAGGCUCCGAAACUUUUCCCACCGACUCUAAUAAUAGGAGAAAUGGAGAAGUGUCAUUUGGAACCACCAAACUCAGAUUUUGUUCAUAAACUUCUAAGCUAUAUUAACUAUAAGUUGAUGUGUAGCCAGGAUUUUUAUGAAGUUGUUGGCAAGUCCGAUUUGUUAACAUUCCAAGAAAAGUUUGAAAAUCUAUACUUAACUAUCAAGAGUUCUGAUAAUGAGGAUGAUAAAUAAACGAAUUAACCAAUGAAAGGUUGCA